AUGUCGUACGCUGCUUCUUAUGCUUUGUACAACUACUACCUCGUUGAUCCUUCGAAGGGCCACGACGACUACUCCAACCUGCGUCUGAUCCGUGCUUUUGAGAAGGGUCUCGACCCAAAGUCCUCCGAAGCUGGUUUCAUUCUGACUCACAUUCAUAUGGUUGCUCAGACUGGCAAAUUGAUCGAAGGAGCUGCCAAUGUCGUUGACGCAGUCUCUGCAGCCCGCAACGAGCAGAAAGAUGAGCAUGCUAUUGCUGACGCUAAAGCUGGCCUUCAGUCUAUCCUCCAAGCCAUGACUAUCAUCGAAGCGAACAUGGAGAAGAUGUGGGCCAACUCUUUGCCAAAGGAUUACAUGACCUACCGCACUUUCAUUUACGGCAUCACCAACCAGUCCAUGUUCCCUGACGGGGUCAUCUACGAGGGCCAAUAUGACGACAAACCUCAAUUCUUCCGUGGAGAAUCUGGUGCAAAUGACAGUAUCAUCCCUCUCCUCGACCACGUGUGCGAGAUCCCCAUGCCCGAGAACCCACUCACCCAUAUUCUUCGUGAAUUCCGUCAAUACAGACCAAAGCCUCACCGCGAGUUCUUGACCACCAUCCGUGAAAAAGCUGCUGAGGUCGGCGUUCGCGACUUCCUUACCAACACCGGCGACUUCAGUGCUGUGGUCUUGUACCUGCGUGUACUCGACCACAUCCGCAGUUUCCNNCGCUGGCGCCACUGGCAAUUCACUCGCGAGUACAUCAUCAAGCGCACCUCGCACCCCGUCGCCACUGGCGGCAGUCCCAUCAUUACAUGGCUGCCCAACCAGCUUUCGGCAGUGAUGCAGCUGAUGGAAGAUGUCUGCAAGGGCUCUGGUCUUUGGGCUGUGCUUGCUGAAGGUGUUUGGAGUGGUGGCGGUGCUCAGGCAUCCUUGACCAAGAAGGAAUUCGACUUGAUCAAGGAUAUCAUGGAUAAUGCGGUGGACCAGAAGAAGAAAUUGGCAAAGGAGGUUGCUAAGUAUUGUCAAGACAGAGGUGUUGAUGCUACAAAGGUUUGA